GGCAUUACAAGCACUAAGGAAGCUCUUCCAGAGGCCCCCAUCUACCUACAUCCCUUAGACGGACCCUUGUACGAUGCCACAUCCACUCAGUCAGAGAGGUUCGGAUUGGAAAGCUUACCUGCUUUGCCACCAUGGGACAUAGAUCUGACAGGUCACCAUCCAGGUACUAGCUAUACCUUUGCACACGAAUGUAGGAGCAAUUGA